AUGCUACCACAAGUAGCCCUUUUGCUGCUAACAUCUCUGAACUUGGUUCAUGGAGUGUUCUAUGCCGAGCGAUACCAAACCCCUACAGGCAUAAAAGGCCCACAACCCAACACCAAGACACAGUUCUUCAUUCCCUAUGCCAUCAAGAGUAAAGGUAUACCAGUGAGAGGAGAGCAAGGAGUUCCUGGACCACCAGGUCCUGCUGGGCCUCGAGGACAUCCAGGUCCUUCCGGACCACCAGGAAAACCAGGCCAUGGAAGUCCUGGACUGCAAGGAGAGCCAGGGCUGCCAGGACCACCAGGACUAUCGGCCACCGGGAAGCCAGGUUUGCCAGGACUCCCGGGAAAACAAGGGGAGAGAGGACCACAAGGACUGAAAGGAGAUGUCGGCCCAACCGGUUUGCCAGGACCCCGGGGUCCACCAGGGCCACCUGGAACCCCAGGCCCUGCGGGAAUUUCUGUGUCAGGAAAACCUGGACAACAGGGACUGACAGGGGCCCCAGGCCCCAGGGGCUUUCCUGGAGAAAAAGGUGCACCAGGAAUCCCUGGUAUGAACGGACAGAAAGGGGAGACAGGAUAUGGUGCUCCUGGCCGCCCAGGGGAAAGGGGUCUUCCAGGCCCUCAGGGUCCCAUGGGACCACCCGGCACUCCUGGAGUCGGUAAAAGAGGUGAAAAUGGGUUGCCGGGACAGCCAGGUAUCAAAGGCGAUAGGGGUUUUCCAGGAGAGAGGGGACUGAGUGGCCCACCAGGUCCUCAGGGGCCUCCUGGGGAGCGAGGACCUGAAGGCUUUGGGAAGCCAGGAGCUGUUGGAGCUCCAGGGGAGCCAGGAAUUCCAGGAGCUAAAGGCCAUCCUGGUGCUCCAGGAACAGCUGGACCUCCCGGGACUCCAGGGGUUGGGAAACCAGGCUUGCCAGGCUUGAAGGGGCAGAGGGGACCUAUUGGUCUUCCAGGAGCUCCAGGGGCUAAAGGGGAACAAGGGCCAGCAGGUCAUCCUGGAGAGCCAGGUCUGAUGGGACCUCCUGGAAAUAUGGGACCACAAGGACCAAAAGGUAUCCCAGGCAGCCAUGGUCUCCCAGGCCCUAAAGGUGAGACAGGGCCAGUUGGGCCUGCAGGCAACCCUGGGCCUAGAGGAGCUAGGGGUCCCCCUGGGUUAGAUGGUAAACCAGGGUACCCAGGAGAACCAGGCCUCAGUGGUCCUAAAGGUAACCCAGGGUUACCAGGUCCCAAAGGAGACCCUGGAGUUGGAGGCUCUCCCGGUCUUCCAGGCCCUAUGGGCCCAGCAGGAGCCAAAGGAAUGCCUGGACACAAUGGCGAGGCUGGACCGAGAGGUGCCCCUGGAAUACCAGGUACCAGAGGCCCUAUUGGACCACCAGGUAUCCCAGGGAUCCCUGGACGCAAAGGAGAUCCAGGAAACCCAGGUCCUCCUGGCCCAGCUGGCAUAGCAACAAAAGGCCUGAAUGGACCCACUGGGCCGCCAGGGCCUCCUGGCCCCAAAGGCCACGCAGGGGAGCCUGGCCUUCCUGGACCACCAGGGCCCCCUGGCCCACCAGGCCAGGUAGUCAUGCCCGACGACUUCACAAAGGCAGGUCAAAGGCCCAGUCUUUCUGGGAUACCUCUUGUUAGUGCCAACCAGGGAGUAACAGGAAUGCCUAUGUCUGCUUUUACUGUUAUCCUCUCCAAAGCUUACCCAGCAGUAGGGGCUCCCAUUCCAUUUGAUAAGAUUUUGUAUAAUAAGCAACAGCAUUAUGACCCAAGAACUGGAAUCUUUACCUGCAGGGUACCAGGAACAUACUAUUUCGCUUAUCAUGUGCAUGUGAAAGGGACUCAUGUUUGGGUGGGCCUGUAUAAGAAUGGCACCCCUGUAAUGUACACCUACGAUGAGUAUGCCAAAGGCUACCUGGAUCAGGCUUCAGGGAGUGCCAUCUUGGAGCUCACAGAAAAUGACCAGGUAUGGCUGCAGCUGCCCAACGCUGAGUCCAAUGGCCUGUACUCUUCUGAGUAUGUCCAUUCCUCCUUCUCAGGAUUCCUCAUGGCUCCCAUGUGAGUAGGUUCCCACUGAGUUAACCUAAAUCUGCUUGAACAGGCAUUCCCCAAUUCCAACCCACUCCAUCCCACCCCACAAAAUGUAUAUGGAAGUAGAGUGAAAAACCAAUGUGACUCAUUUUCAUUUUCCAGUGUAUAGCACUGAGCUUUCAGACCAACAAAUUUUCCCUUGAAAAAGUAAGC